CUCUGCGAAUCAGCUGAACCUCCUUCGGAUGAGACGGCCCCGAGACUGAGGGUUUGUUUGAAAUGUAAGACAGUCCAAAAAAAAAAAGAAAAGAAAAAGUUGUGCUGCAGGAACUCAGAAGCAUCAGGGACAAUUUGCAGUGGACAGUAGGUGAUGAACUUGGACGUCUUGUUUGAUUGCAGCGGAUGAGACUGUCCAACUCCAAUAAGGACCAGAGAGAGAAAUCCAGAGUGCGACACUUUCAAGGUCGCUGACUGGAUCUCUAGGAAGGAGAGACACAACGCAGGUGAGCGGUCACCAUGGGAACGAGGAUGGAGGUGGCAAACCUCGAGAGCGGGAUGAACACUGAGGACUACAGAAAGCUACAGAGCCUUUUCUCGGACCCCUCAGGUGCAUCUCGCACCUUGUCCAGAACCGAAUUCAUCGACUUGGCUCGGUCCUCAGUGGGCCGGGGCUCCAAGGAGGAGUACGGCCUCCUUUUCGACAGCGUGGUUGUCACCCAGGAGCACCGCGGCCUCCUUCUGGACAGCGAUGCCGUGAAGGAGGAAGGACGCGUCGACUGGGGAGGCCUGUGCUCUUUUCUGCUGCUGGAGCUCUCUGAUAAGAUGAAGCACAGCAGAAGCAGAAGCGUGCCCUGCUGGAAGCCCCCACGCACCCUGACCUGUCCACACCGAGACCAGGUCCAAAAGGUGUUGUACCUGCAGAGUUCGGGCCAGUAUCUGACCCUGAGCAAAGGAGGAACCGUUGGGCUGCGGGACGGAGAGGACAUGUCCCUCACGCACACACACCGACUGCAAAACAGCACAGUCGCGCCCAAAGACCUCUGGGCCACCGACGUAGUGCUGCUGCACAACGUGCACAAGGUUGCUGUGUCAUUUACAAGUAAGGAAGUGUGUUUUUAUGACAUACUGUCGAAACAGGACUUCAGCUGCAAGUAUAAACUCCAGGGUUUGAAGUUUACUCCGUGGUGUCUCGACUACUGGGUCGAUCGCUCUCACCCUGACCAGGCGGUUCUCACCAUCGGAGACAUUGGAGGACAGGUCAGUGCUUUGCAUUUCACCUCGGUUGAGAUCUCUCUGUUUGAGAGACUUGGUCCGAGGACGGACUCGGAUUCCGCCGACAUCGUCCUGUGGGACGAGCUGGUCAAAGGGAAGCAUCGCUCCUGUUACACGGUGACACACCAGGCACACGCGCCUGCCUGGGUUAGAAAAGUCCGUUACCUGGGCUCACUGGAGGCCUUUGUGUCGUGUAGCACCUGCCCACAGAGCAGCAUGGUGAUUGGCUGGAGGGAAACAGACGGACGGAGUCUACGGGUCACCUCUUUCCUCACAAAGAGGGGAGUGUGGGACAUGGACCACCACCAUGGACUCAAUCUGAUAGCCACAGCCGGCGUGGAUCACCAGGUCUUGCUGUGGAACCCGUCGGUGACCUCGGAGCCGGUGUGCGCGCUCGGUGGCCACGCGAGCCCCGUCCUCGCCGUUCGCUUCAUGCAGACCAAGCAACAACUGCUCAGCUACUCCAAAGAUAAGGUUCUGUGUCUGUGGGAUGUGUCCAGCCAGCAGUGUGUUCACCGUCUGGCUGGUGUGUUCCCGAGGACACAGGAGGACACACACACCCUCCUGUUCCUCCACGAGGAGCGUCACCUCCUCCUGCUCUCCUUCAACAGCCUGCUUCUCCUGCUGGAGACCGUGAAGGAGGAGAAGAGGACCAGCAGCCACGAACAGCCUGUCACCUGUGUGCUGUACAACAGUCUGUUCAGACAGGUAGUCAGCAGUGACUCUGCUUCCUCUGUGAUCUGCUGGCAGGCUGACACAGGCCAAAAGGUCAAGCAGUUCCACCGUUGCCAUGGCAACGCAGAGAUCUCCACCAUGGCCCUGGACGGUACGCAGACGAGGCUGUUCACCGCAGGCACUGACGGAGAGGUCAAGGUGUGGGACUUCAACGGGCGCUGCCUCCACAGAAUGAAUGCCGGCCUGGGUCGGGCCGUGGAGAUCACACAGGUCCUGCUGCUGAAGAGGAGCAUACUGGUGAUGGGCUGGGAAAGGAUGCUAACGGUUUUCCGGUUGCAUUCCUUCGCGCAGUCUUUAGUGGAGCCCUCUGAGUGGAAGGGAGGUGUUCAACACCGCAGUGAUCUGCUCUGUGCCGCGUUCCAGCCUCCACAGACUCUGGUCACAGGAAGCUACGAUGGAGAGAUCAUAGUGUGGAACAAUGGCACAGAGAAGGCGUUGAGGAGGCUGCAGCCACGUGCUGAACAGGAGGACGACAGGACGCAGCAAGGCGAUUCCACUGCUCGUCAUCUCAGUUCGGAUGGAAAAACGGAUUCGGAGGCCUCCAUUGCCACCACCAGGUUGUUCUUCAUACCAGGACGCACAUCUGCAGCUACAGGCGGUGCAGACCUGGUGUCCUGCGGAGGUUCGGGCGUGGUCAGGCUCUGGAACACCUUCCGCAGUCGUCCGGUGGGACAGUUCGCAGCCCACAACAGAGACCUGGGAUCUAUCGUCAUGACUGUCAGCCCCUGUGGGAAGUACUUAGUCACUGCUGACAGAGAGGGAACCCUCAAGACAUGGGACAUACAGCGUUAUGUUCUCACGACGGAAGAUGGAACAAGCAAAGAACCUCCCGACCUACUGUGUCAUUCCCGCCCACACCUUGACCGCGUGACUCACCUGGAGACAUGUCUCCAUGGCAACGGGCUCCUCCUCCUCUCGGCCUCGUCAGACUGCAGUGUGGCCCUCGGCUACCUGCCUGGAGAUACCAUUGGUCUGUUCGGACAGGAGGAGCUGUGGUGCUUGGACGGACCUCGACCGCUGCACCCACAGCGGGAACCAGAGCGGGACCAGAGAGUGACCACGGAGGGCGAGAAGACACCAGAGGUCACCUCCCAUCUCCCAGUGAGACACGACUCAACACCUCAGCAGAGGGAGGAGCGGUGGUGAUAAAGGUGGAGGACAGUGGGACGGCACAAAUGGACAGAAAAUAACCAUAAUUCAGGGAUUAGAGAUGAGUCUGCUAAAUCACAUUGUGCUGUAAAUGUAUAUUUUUUUUCGUUUCACUGACUGUGUUCUUCUGUCUGAUAACGCUGCAAAUGUGUUUCUGCAGUUAGAUAACUUGGUCUACCGUGAUCCUGAGAAAAUCCCCUCAAAUUUUCAUACGCAGUGCGUUUUUUGGCGUUUCUCAAACUAAAUUAUCCACGACAGAACUAGACAAUUGUCUGCCACGCAACAACGGUGCUGAAUAACUUUGACCUGAAUCUCCACAGACGUCUGUCGUACAGUCAUCGGACCUUCGUGAUGCUCCCCAUUAUGAUUUAUAAAGAAAUGAAGGAGAUCAGGCUGCACGGUGGUGUAGUGGUCAGCGCUAGUCGUCCUACAGGGUUCGAAUCCCGGGGCGAACCAGCCAGGGGCCUUUCUGUGUGGAUUUUGCAUGUUCUCCCCGUGUAUGCGUCCGAUCUCUCCGGGUUCUCCGGCUUCUCCGGCUUCCUCCCGCAGUUCAAAGUCAGGACUGGGUUAGGUUGAUUGGAGGCUCUAAAUUGACCUGUAGGUGUGAAUGUGAGAGUGAUAGGUCGGCGACCUGUACCCAGUCUCUCGACUGGCUCCCUUAAAUGGAUAAAGCGGGAGAUGAUGGAUGAAAGAGAUCACAGUCCACAUUAUUAUCUGGGGGAAUCAGAAUGGGCCUUAUGGUUUUUAAACUGAUUGCACUGUUGCUCUACAAAUGUUCAGUCAGGGUCCGGUCGAGUUCUCUCUCUCUCUGUCGUUGCCAGUGGGGUAGCUUCAGGCUCUACACAGAGCCGACAACGCACAUUAGAGAUUUCGAUUUUCUGUUUUUUUUGGUUGCCCUGGGGUCAAUGCAUACGCAAACCAGGGAAAGAAAAGAACAUUCGAAUAAUUAAACUAAGCCUCAAAGAUG